CAUUGCAAUUUACAUACCUAGAGGAGCUUUAGUUGAAACCUAAAAAAUUUAACGGUUAAAAUAAUUUUAAAUUUUCAGAACCAUCAUUGACAUAAACAAAAAAAUUUCUGAACACACAAAAUAAUUUUUUGUUGUUGCUCUUAAUUACAGAAAACUUGUCGUAUUUAAAAAUAAGUUUGUAGCUUCAUAUUAUCCAUUUUCUAAUUAUUAGUCGUUGCAUUAGAAGCUUCUUGUUAGGGAUAUUAAAUUAGUGUUUUGAUAACUUUAAAGCUGACAAAGAACUUUCGCAACAUCAGUCAUUGAAAAUUGUAUGGAGAACGAGCUGAAGUUGGAUAAACAGAAAACAACAUCAUUUGGUGGAUUCUGUGAACAAGAACAAGUGUCGUCAUCAACAAUGGAUGGUCAACAUAUCUCAACACGACCAGAAUCACCAAUGACCUCCUACAAUCUUUCACAGCCACUUUCAUCUGGAAACUGUUCGGGUGGCAACUCUUCCAUGCAAGGAAAUGCGCAAUUUAACGGCAACAACAACAACAAAUGUGGAAAUAUGAAUGAACAGCAAAACAAUAAAAGCAGAAUUUGUCGAGACUUCGUUCGGGGAACAUGUCGUCGAUUGUAUUGCAAAUAUCCUCAUGUACAAUCAUCAGAAUUGGUCGUGUUUUGUCAUGAUUUUCAAAAUAAUAAAUGUCCACGAAUUAAUUGCAAAUUUCUUCAUUAUACGAUUGAGGAAGAGGACCAUUACCGUAAAUACGGUGAGUUUCCAAUUGGCCAACAACAAGAAGACUUUAAUGGAAGUAAUCAGAAUAAUGGUGGAAAUAUUCAGCAGCAGCUUGAAUAUCAAAAUGAUAAUAGUUUUAAAAAUUUCUUUAAUGGUUCAAAUUCAUCAAAUUCCAAUCGAUCAUUGCCAUCACUUCUCGAUGGUGAUUUAUUUCAUUCGUGUCAACAACAACGAAUGGAUUCGUGUAGCAUGCAUUGUCAUAACGAUGGAAGAUUCUCUAAUGCUAACAGUGUGUUCAGAACCAAUUUGAAGCGUAAUCAGGAUCGUGAUUGUAUGCAGCAAACGUUCAAAAGAUGUCGUGAAGAUGACAUCAUGACAAUUCUCAGACGUUUUGAAGAAGAACAUCAAAUGUUGAAACGUCGCGUGGAAGCAAAUGAAUUGAAAAUUGCUGAACUUCGAGCAUCGAACGAAUAUCUUAUGACACAAAAUGCUCAACUUCGAAUAUCGACAGUUCAAGUAUCAAGAGUCGUAAAUCCCGUGACGGUAACGAACACACAAUCUCACCAACAAAACCAAGGACCUCAAGUUAUAAAUGCAUCGAUGGCGCCUAUUCAAGUUGCAACUCCCAUUGUGUCAAUGGCAACGCCACAAACACAACUUAUUGCAACACCACAGAAUAUGAGUGGAGGUCCAAUUGCAUUAGCAGCCAACACCUCACAGCCGACACAACAAAUUCUUGGAACAUCACAAAUAACGUUGGCACCUGCUGCACUUGCACCAUCAAUAUCGACGCCUUCAAUUGGCCUCUCAAUUAACACAUCGCAAGCACUUCAAGCGGCUAUUUCUAAUGCUACACAACCAAUCAUUUCUUAUCCUAUCAUGACGCAUAGUAUUCUCCCUCAUUGAUUGUGUAUCGGCAAUGGGAUGAAAGUUGAACAAUUUUGAGUGAAAUAAGAAAAAAAUAAAGAAAUGAUUUGUCUUUUCUCUUCGUGUGUAGUCAGAAGUUGAAACUAAGCGCGAAUAUUCUGUAAAUUAGGUAAUUACAUAAUUAGCGCGCGUUUAAUGUAAAUAACUUUCUUUCUCUUCUUUGUGAAAUGUUCUUCAACUACCUAUAUUUAUUUUAAAUAAUUGAUUAGAGAGUAGAAUGAACAAAUAUUAAUGAAUUAAAACAAAAAAGAGUUGAAAAAUGGAUUGAAAAAAUAAGAGUUAAAUAAAUUAGAAAUUAUCAAAGAA